UUUCCCUACCACGGUCCACGGGUCGGCGGCUGCGCACCCGCAAACCCUCGCCAACCGUUCCCAGCCCCCUCGUGCGGCGGACCUCUUCGUCGCCGGCGGCGGCGGCGGCGGGCGCCAGCUUCCGCUUCCGGAUCGCCUCCUAAGGCGGCCCCGCCGGUGUCCGCGCUGUCCUCUGCUCCAAGCGACCAAGCCGCCACCCCUCUCCCGACGAGGCGAGGACCUGUCCCGAAACCGUCGAGUUACGCGGGUAAUGGAGCUGACCUCCGCCGAGGAGGAACCGAGAUUGGGCACGCCUAUGGGGCUCGGGCUCGGGGGCGACACCAUGGAGGCCGUAAGGAGAGCUUUCCCGGGUCAGCACUUCGCUCUCCAUGUGGUGAAUCGAGCUUUCGGCCGACCGGAUCCGGCUGAGCGCAGCCGGCAGGAUUCCUCUGCCUGCGUUGUCAACGGAGCACGCGCCUCAGAAAAUCCUGUGGAUUUGGAGAAGGCAGCGGAGAACCCUGGGAAGAGCAGUGCGCAACAGGGCUCCUCAACAGGCGGUAUCGGCGAACCAGCUCCGUCGGAAAAGCGUGUGGGUUCUGGGGAGAUAGAGCAUGCUGGGCAGCACCAUGGCGCCCCUCCUGCGCCUGCAGGCAUAGGUGACGACGCAGGCGCCAGUGGCACCGGAGGUUGGAGGCGCAGGAUUAGGCGAGGCCGGAUCCCGGAUGAACGGGAACCAGAUGCUGAUCGUGUAAGCGCGCUGGAGAAGGCGUUGACUGGCUUCGCAGUGAGGCAGACUGAUGUUAUUGUUAGUCCAGCUGUGGGGACCUGUUUCGAUUCACUUGCGGAGGCGUAUGAGUUUUAUAACAUCUACUCCUGGGAAACAGGGUUCGGGAUUAGGUAUGGCAGGAGCAGGGUGAAUUCAAAGGGAAGUAAAUGCAUGCAGGAAAUUACUUGCUGCCAGGGGGGUAAACCAGCAAAGGAUGGGAAAUCGCGCAGGUGCGAUUGCACUGCUCUAAUUAGGCUACUGCGAACCGAUGACAACGGAUGGUAUAUAACCCAGCAUAGGAAAGUGCAUAACCAUGGUUUUUCCACGGCAUAUUACAACAAGUUGCAGUGGCCGUCUCAUAAGCAUAUAGAUAAGUACACCAGGGAUUUGGUUCGACAGUUGGCAGGGAAUAAUGUUAAUUUGGGUGUGUAUGAUACAAUUGCUUCCUUUUUUGGAAGAAGAACCGAGAAUGUCCCCUUCACAAAGCGUUCAAUCAGGACGCUGUGUGGGGAAGUUAUUCGCGAGCAAGCGGCUGAUGACGAUGCUAGGAAGACCAUGGAGACAGCUCCUGUACUCGGAGAAAAGGAUCCAGAAAACCAUACACAGGAGGAGACACCAGUCAAUCAUCGUGGGUCAACCUCAACCAAUACUGAUUCCGUGAAUGUGCCGGCCGAUCCCCUGAGAUACCCUGAUCAGGGUGAUACACAGAUAAACACUGAGGCUGGCAGGCUGGCCGAUCUGAUGUUAGCUUUUGGGGAUUGUCACCUGGUUCUUAAAAACUGCACCUAUGAUGAUCUCAUGAACUCCAAUGGCACCAUGUCCGGCUUAGAAGAGGCAGUGAAGGCUGUGACACCCCACCUUCAGCAGGGCAUCUUCGGUGACCUGUGGUCCAGGGCCCACAAUUCUGGUGGCAUUGUGUCAGCACAGGUGCUGACCAUCAGGGACCUAUUUAGGUUCACGCGUUGGCUCACUACCACCACAGGUCAGCAUAAUCUGCGCUGCGUCGAGCAGCAUGUCAAGCUGGUCAAAUCUGGGAACGGUGUCUUUGAGCCUGAGCAGAUGGCCCUCCUCCAACUUUAUCAGGCCGAGAAUGAUGAACAUUCACGUGAGAUGCGCAGGCUGCAGGGAGAAAGGGAUGAGAAGAUCGCGCACUAUAUGGCGAAGAUUGACGAGGCCCGCAAAACUUUUGAGGUCAACGUUGAAGCUGCAAAGGUGCGGUACCCUGUAUCCUCAUCCUAUUGUCCCCUGGAUACAAAUGAGCUCCGUGGUCAGUGCUGGACAGUGUAUCUUGCCCACUGUCGGAAGGAGGCAAAGGAUCUGAAUGCAAGGGCCUCAAACAUUGUCGAAAAGUAUGGGCCAGAGUUGCUGCAGCGUCAUCUCUAUGAAUUCUGCAGCCAGGAGACCAACCGUGAGGCCCUCCUCAAGUAUGGCCAGACCAAAGUCAAGAAGCUGAAGGAGGCGGGAGUUGCUCAGGGAGAAAACACCCUUCAUGGCUACAUGGCGCUCCUUGAUAUUGAAAAGGCUUGCGCGUUACUCGCUGCUGAAGAGCAAAUCGCUAAUGACCCAGACACAUGUGGGGGCGGUGAUGAAGAACGUAGGACCAAUAGAAGCAAUGGUGUUGCAAGAGAUGUGGCCGCUGGAGGUGCUGCACAAGAAAAUGGCAGUGAGGACGCGCCCGAACGCCCUCCUCUGCAAAAGCGUCUAAGGAGCGGUCAAUCCUAUGCUCGGUGAUGACUCCUAAAGCAGGUGGUUCACAUUCCUCCAAGUGGGUCAUGAUGGCGAGGAAUGUUUAUUUAUCUUGUCGCAAAUUCAAGGUGGGGAGGUUUGCUGAUCAGGUUGCCCAUGGAUUCUGAAUUAAACCUCGUUGUGAGGUAUAUUCGAAUAUGUGCAAUGUUUGUAGUGCAAUAGAAAUCUAUCUUCCUGAAGCUUCCCGGAAAUGUUGGGUCUCGUUGUGAGAUAUAUUAGAAUAGUGUUAAUGGAUGUAAACUAUAUGGUUGGAGGAAUAUUUAGUUGACAUGUUUAUCUCUUUGCCUUCAUC